CCACCCCCCCACCCACUGAUCUCUAGCCGGGGGAGUGGUGCAAUUGCGCAUGCGCCCGCGGGGUGGGGUCCGCUGCCGGCUCGUCGCCAGGGUAACGGCGGCAAUGGCCCUGGCGCUGCUAGUGCUGGCGCUGCUCGGGGCCCUGCCCGGCGCGCAGGUAUUAAGGACAAUCACAUUCUAUUCAUCUUGGAUGAAUGAGCAACGAUUAUAUAAACUGGAUGUAAGCUGGCCUAAACUUCCAGAAUACUUCACUGGUCAAACAUUUUGUGUUGGCGUUGACCCUAUCAGUGAUUUGGUCUAUGUUGCACAACGAGGGGUUAACGUGCCAAAAGUACUCGUGUUUUCAGAGAAUGGAGAUUUCCGGCAAGCUUGGAAUUCUACAGUUGAAAUGCCUCAUGGUAUUUUUGUAGCCAGCAAUGGUACUGAUAGCUCAGUAUGGAUCACAGAUGUUGGAAAUGGGAAGUAUGGACAUACUGUGAAACAGUACAGUACUUCUGGUAAACCAGUGCAAACCUUGGGCACUCCCGGUAAACCAGGUUCAGCUCUGAUUCCACUGCAGUUUGAUCAGCCAGCAGAAAUAUUUGUUGAUCAAAAUGGGGAUAUCUAUAUUGUAGAUGGAGAUGGAGGCUUGAACAACAGAUUACUCAAACUGACCAGUGAUUUCAAGGUGAUGUGGCUGCGUGCAGAAAAUGGUACAGGUGCUGCUCAGUUCAGGAUUCCUCACAGUGUAACAGUGGAUUCUGUUGGACGGGUGUGGGUUGCUGACCGAGCAAACAAAAGAAUCCAAGUUUUUGAUAAAGUCACAGGCGAGUGGCUAGGGGCUUGGAGUAGCUGUUUCAAAGAAGAUGGUCCCUAUUCUGUCAGGUUAACUCCCAAUGAGAAGUAUCUGAUUGUAGCUCAGCUGAAUAUUAACCGAGUAUCCAUCCUGGCAGCACCCCCAGUAGGAUCCAUUGGAGACUGUAUUGUAGUAAACAUAAUCCAGAUGGCUGAUGAAGUCAAACCACACCUUGUGGAUGUAAAUGUGAAGACUGGAGCAAUUUAUGUAGCAGCAAUUGGAUCUCAACAAGUACAUAAAUAUGUACCUUUAAAUUAAUGGAUUUCUUCGGUUCAUUCAGCACAAGCCACUUUCGGCAAUAAGUGAGUUUUUCUUAAAUUCAUUGCAGACUGUUCUACCUUCCACAAGCACAGGAUGUUUCACUCCGAGGACCCAUAAAACAGAUGGCUCUGGUUUGUGACCUGUCUUCUUUCUUUUAUACCGUCUUUUGUUAAUCUCAGGGAUUUUUCUUGUUUGUUCUUUGUGUGUGUUUCAUUUCUAUUAGCUACUGGGAUUUGAAGAAUGUAUUUCAUGAGCAUAUUUGCUUCAUUUUAUUACUUUCUAACCAUUAUUUUAAACUUCAGCGUAGUUCCCCCUCCCUCCCACCCUUUCUUCUUUGGUUAAAUUAUGACACAUCCUGUCUAGAGCAGGGGUUUGCUAUAUGUGGCCUGUGGCUGAAUCCAGUCUGCAGCAGCGGGAAUCUUCCACAACUUUCCAGUACCAGGUGGCUUUGCUCACAUUGCAGUAGGGCACCUGGGAAAAGCAGCAGUGACAGAAGUUCAUUUGGAGCACUGGCCCAUUUCAGACCCAAGCCAGAUUGAUCCAGCCUGUGGCUCUGAAAGGUUGCUGGCCACUGACCUGAACUGCCUGGAGGUGCAUCUAUGCUUAGUCCCAUUCCAAAGGUCCUAACUGGCAGAAAGGUACCAGACCCCAGUUUAGGAUUCCUUGAAUGCUGAUUUAGUACAAUACUAAACAGGCAGAUGCAGUAUGGGAGCGACACCUUUGACACUCAAGGCUGAUAUUGACAUUUUAGCAUCUUUGGCAUCUUCCCUAAGUAGUUAACAAUGCUGCUGUUGUAGUCAAAUUUUUCAGUCCCAGCUAAAAUAAUCUGUUCCAUAAUUACUUAAGUGAAAUGAUUAUGAUGCACUUUAAACUGAAUUAAGUGUCUAUGCAGCAACAUGGCACCACUUUUAACUAAAUAAAUUAAAUUAGAAACUGAUCUAAUCAGUUCAGGUUUUCUGUGCAGGUAAGGCCUGACAGGUAAACUUCAGGAUGUUCAACAACUUGAGUUUCCUGAGAUACAUAUCCAGGAUUUUCUAGGAGACUUUUACUCAGCAUUAGAUACUUUAGGCUUAUAAUGAUUUUUUGUUAUUCUCAUGUUGUUGAAAUUCAGACGUGUCUGAGUUUUUACCUAUUCUGGACUCCGGAUCUUUCUUUUUAGUGAACUGUCUGUCUUUUUAUUCUGUCUUCAGAUUUUCAUUAAUGAUUUUCUCAAUGUUCAGUCAUAUUUCUACUUUUUUUGGAGGAACUUCUGUUAACAUAUCAGUAGGUAGUUGCUCAUAAUAUAGAGCUUGUAGUUUUCUUUAGCUUUUUCCAGACUCUUUGGUCUUUUCAGUUCUUUCUCUGAAUACAAUUUGGGUUUGAAUUGGAUAAACAAUUAUCUGCUUCUCCAGCUACAGACUUGUUGUACUACGAUCUUUCUUCCAUGCCCAGUCCACAAUGAUUGGCUUUUUAUUUGAUGCUGUACAGUCUUGUGAUUCACCCUCUUUUUUAACAGAGACGAUGCAAAGAGAGUUCAGGUUCUUUUGAUGUAUUGCAACUUAGGCAAGAAUGACUUGCCCAGGAGAAUAAUUGGGUCCAUCUUUGAGAAACUGGACACAUCCUGUGUCUUCAUGCCUCAUCUAUUUCAAGAGAUAGAGAGGCAAGAUAAGUCAUUCUAUUUCUUCCCAUAAAGGAACAUAGAAAGUAAACUUAUUCUACUAAACAUCCUGUGUAAUGUAUAUACUCAUAGUCAAUUGUAAUACUGAUUAUUUCAAUAUCAAAUCUACUAAAAUGGAAUAAGUUGCAUUCACUUUAAUCUGGAAGACCUUUCCUUCCUGAUGAUCCCAAUCUUUAUGGAAAAUACAACUGCUGUAGUUUGAAAUAGAUCAGUGAAGCAUCAAAUCUCCUUUCCCCUGUCUAGUUAUUUCUUUAGGAAUGUCUGGUCCCAAAGAAACAAAGCAGGAUUUUCAGUCAUGCUGAAAAAGACAUUGUUUUGGCAGGUGCUUUACAAGUGGUACAAAAAUUGAAAUUCUAUUUGCGCUUUUGAGAUGUUCAGGUUCUCAAACAAAAGGUGCUGUUCAAGGGUAUUGUCUGUUUACUAGGUGGUUAGCAUUAGUUUUUGUGCUAAUUAGCAUGUUGCCUCGUCACCCUCCUAAAAGUGGUUAAAGUGAUAGGGACCACACUGAUUUCUUAAAGUGAUAGGGAGACAGAAGACCACUGAUAGGGCACAUCCCCACAUGCAGGGAUGUUCAUUUGCCACAGCAAAAAUAGCAGUGGCACAAAUUUUUGCUGCUGCCUUUUGUCACUGUGCAUGCCCCUGCACAUAGGGUUUGGCAUGGGGCAAAAUGCCCUGCUUCAGGGAAACUGCUGUUUCCUCACUCUUCCCAGCUCCCAGCUUGCUGGAGGAGCCAGGGGAUACCUAAAGCAGUGUAGAUGCUCUGGCUAGCAGCCAGAGUGUCUCCCUGGAGAACUGAGCCUCCGUGUCUAGUGGCGCAUGCUUCUGGACUGAGAGCCACAUCGCUUUUUUUUUUUGGUGGGGGGGGGGGGGGGAGGAGGGUUGCAGUGGUUUUUUUCCGAUACCAAGAGUUCCCGGUAUCAAAUUUUGUCACCAUGCUGCAAAUUUGCAGUGCCACAAACAGUUGCACAUGUACUGCAUGCAGUUUGCUGUACCACAGACCACAUGCAUGCACUCAUGUGGGCAUGCCCUUAGUGAUUUUUUUUUUCUUGGUUUGUUUCUUUCCUUUCUAUUCCCCCUUCCAUGGAAGCAGUGCAUCAGUCAUUGCAGAAGGACAUCACACAACAACUAAACAUACCUUGUGCACAGGUGGCAGCUUAAAUAAACUGUUACAUGAAUGUGAUAAACUUUGAACAAUUGUUCAUCUAGUAAAUGACUGCUCAAUAUGUUCCUUUUCUGGAGGAACAGCAGAACUUUCUGUGGCAUCUCUUGACUAGUCAGCAAAACUUCUUAGCUUAAAGUUGCUUCUGUUUUCCAGAAUAAGACAUGUAAUUAAAAGGAUUUGAGAUUCAUCCCUCAGAGUCAUUAUUCUUUAUUGAUCAUUUUUGAGCAAAUGCAUAUAAAAUGAAUUGCACUUCUGCUUUGGAGGCAGAUGUCCAGAUUUCAGCAAGAUUAAUUGUUGAUUCAGGUAAUCUAGAGGUCUCUUUCUUUAUCUGACAGUGCUGUCCAGAAAAAGUGAGUCAGUGGGUACUUUAAAAACCACACCAAACCUUUCAUUAAGCCAUCAUGUCUCAUGGCUAAAUCUUUAUCUGCCCUUACCCUAACCUUUCCUUAUUGUUUGUUCACCCUGAAACUACAUUAUAAGCUCUUUGGAAAAGGGACAACGUGUGAGUGUUUCGAGGUGGGUGUUGGGUGGGGAGUGGGUGAAAGACUCUAAUGCACUUUUGGGUGCUGUAUAAGUUAUUAACAGGUUUCAAGUAAUAUUGUUGUUAUGUGAUGCUUCAUUUGGUCUUUCCUUAUACACAUAUAGACCACAUAAAGCAUCAAGUAGCAACUUCAUUUUUAAUCAAAAUGAAGGAUAAAUCCAGUUUGGUAGAAUGUGCUGCUAUUCUAGUCAUAGGCCUCUCAUGCAGCGACUGUUAGUAGUGCCAAAAAUGUUUAUGUUUAUAGGCAUCUGUCCACAUUAGAAAUGAUUAGGAUGAUACAAACUCCUUUUUGCCUCUGCAGUUGUGACCUAGCAGAAGAGGUUACUGAUCCAUCCAUUAGCUUGCCACACCAUCCUAAUUUCAAUUCACAUAAUUUUGAAGGUGAUUUCUUAAAGUGUUGCAAAUAUUUAGCAUAACUUGUUAAAAUGUGAAUGACAGGGUCUGUAAUGGGGAAAACGUGAACUUCAGGUCUUAAAUCAUGUUUUGUAGCAAAAAAAAAUGUUUUUUAAGUAACUUUUGCCUAAUUGAGUCAAUGAAUUAAAAUUAUUUACAUGGGAUCUAGAA